CCUAAUUCUGUUCCUAUAAUUUAUGAAUGUAUGAGGUGACAUUUCAUGUCGGAACCCUUCCUCAGAUUGUUUCUUUGCUUCUAAAUUAAGCUAGUGGCCAUUUAGGAAGGAACUGCAGAUGCUGGUUUAAACCGAAGAUCGACACAAAAAGCUGGAGUAACUCAGCGGCUCAAGCAGCAUCACAGAAGACAAGGAAUAGGUGACGUUUCGGGACUCAAGGAGGGUCUAGAGUAGGAGGCGGGUCUUGGUGAUCUAAGAUCCGCCCGCCCUCUUCUGUUCACCACUGGGAAAGAUAUUUGAAACAGGGUGUUGUUUUUUUCCAGCCCUUCCCCUGUUGUGUUGCCAAUGGGCCCGUGUUGCUCGGCGAGGAUGUUGCAAUAAGCGAAGCAGCCAACGUCAGCCAGCUCAGACCGAGAGUGAAAGCGCGUAGCUCAGUAAUAAUUCACCAAGAUUACAGUAGCCUCUCAUUAUAAAGCUGCCCGGCCACUGAUCAGUCAGUACCAGCCUCAGAUUCACAUCGGAUUCCCCCCUUUUUUAAACAACCAAAGGACAAUUCUACCGACCAGAAACAACUUGCACUUUCCCUACCUUCUCCAAUGGAAGUUUUCAACUAAGCUUAUCUUUUAAUUUAAUUUCGAGGAAUUACAGAAGAAUCAUUCAUCUGCGGAAAAUAUUGGGAACUCUCCCUUACAACUGGACAUGCCGCCCGUGGUUCAAUACCGACCCUAACUUGGGAGGGAAUUUCGUUCCACUGUGAGUUUUACACGUGGGGGAAACUCGGAGAAGCAAACGAGAGACAAAGUAAUCUACUGGAGAAUCGGUGUCCAGGAACUUUUCAUACAACAGGGUGGGGAAUAAAAGAGAAACGGAAGGAUAUUGCUUUGUAACACGUCGUUACUAUAUAACCAGAAGUAGCCAACAGAUCCCCAUGAGUGUGAAUACCCAGAUGCCUCUCCCUUCACAACAUGCUCGGCUGAAGAGGGUAGACUUUGACGACACCGAUGACCCCGACUUUCCCAAAUGCAAGCGGGUGCGUUUGAGUCAACUCUCCAUCCCAGCCUUGUCGCCCUGCCUCGGCUCGCCCUCCCCAACACCCUCCUCCUCCACCACCGAUGACAACAAUGCGUCACGCAUCGGACCCUACCUCCUGCUUAGUCCCACGGAGACUAACAACUCCUACAGAGCCAUCCACACUGACACGGAACGGGAAUACAUCUGCAAGGUGUUUUCCAUGAGGCACUACAAUGAGGUGAUAGCUCCGUACGCCCGGCUCCCUCCGCACCCCCACGUGGGGCAGCUGGCGGAGGUGAUCGCGGGCGAGUGCAAGGCCUACGUGUUCUUCCCCUGCGGCCAGGGCGACAUGCACUCCUAUGUGCGGGCCUGCAAGCGGGUGCAGGAGGAGGAGGCAGCCGGGCUGUUCCUGCAGAUGGUGGAGGCUGUGGCGCAUUGUCACGGACACGGCGUGGUGCUGCGCGACCUCAAACUGCGCAGAUUUAUCUUCACAAACCGCCGCAGAAACAAGCUGUGUCUGGAGAACCUGGAGGACUCGUGCCUCCUGAAGGGGGACGAUGAUUCCUUGAUGGACAAGCAUGGCUGCCCGGCCUAUGUGGGCCCAGAGAUCCUCAACAGCAAGCAGUCAUACUCGGGGAAGGCAGCAGACGUCUGGAGCCUGGGGGUGAUCCUGUACACCAUGCUGGUGGGACGCUACCCCUUCCAGGACACCGAGCCCGCAGCACUCUUCACCAAGAUCCGCCGCGGACUCUUCACCAUCCCCGAGAGCCUGUCGCCCAAAGCCAAGUGCCUCAUCCGGUGCCUCCUGCGACGAGAGCCAGCGGACAGACUGACGGCCAGCGAGAUCUUGGACCAUCCUUGGUUCAAGUCCAACUUCCACCUGUCCUCCAACUCCAACCCGUUGACUGAUCAGCUGGUGCCAGAUGGUUACACGGACAACCUGAACGAUUUGUAGAGAGACAUUGAGUUUUAUUUUUGUUGUAACAACUGAUUAAGAAAGUAUUUUAAAAAAGAGUCAGGGUUUUGCCUCGCUUGCCUGCAGAUUGGACAAGGAUCUUAACCAUUCAGACCGUGGAGUGCUCUGAAGCAUGCAGUUCUAACCGGGGGUUCUAGGUUACAGCCAGUGAUCACAAACCUGACAUCUUGUGACGUCCAGUCUCCGUCUCGGAAGAACAAAACGCAGGGAAUUGCUUGGACAGGGAUGGGCGAUCCUUCCAAAACUCAGGCACGCUUUUCCCAAGGGGAGGAAGUCUCUGGACACCGUCCUUUGUGUUGUUAACGGGAUUGGCUGGGAGCAACGGAUGGUGAUGGAAAUACUCCCUGUGCAAGGGAUGGAGACCAAUCACUGAGACCUGACGUAAAUCAGUUGCCCGCUGAGCCUUUCUUUGCCCCUUUGAUGGGGGCAUUGGUUGGUUGGUUCAUUGUGCCUUUUCCAGGAUUUUUCAAGCCAGGGACCAAAGUCCUUUAUUAUUCCUGCACUCUGUGAAGAGAUUUUGAAGGGGUGGGGGUUGGGCAGCUAUGAUUUGGGAUGUGAAGCUCCCUAUUGCAAUGAUGUGAAUUGUCUAAACUGCCCACAAUCUGCCCAGAUGGUGAACUGGUGGAAGAGAGUUUGCGUUAUGUGGCUGUGCAAUAUUAAUGGACAUUACUGGUGCUUUUGAGGAACAGAGACCAGAUGGACCAGCUUUGCUUGUUGUCAUUUCGAGCCGAUUACUACUGUGUGCCACACAAUUCCAAGAAGCUGAGGCCCAACACUUGAUACGAUCAUAUUUACAGCCUCUUCAGUGUUUACAGACCAGAACACAGAGAUCUGGAGGCUCCUUCGUUGGUUGGGACUGUUCUAAAAUGAUUGGACAUCAAACCAAUACUGUCCUCUUAUUUACUUGCCUGCAGAGCACAGUAGUAAUUGCCUGUGCUCCUCAUAGCACCAGGGACCCCGGUUCGAUCCUGGCCUGGUGUGCUGCUAUCUGUGUGGAGUUUGCAUGUUCUACCUGUGACCGCAUGGGUUUCCUCCCAUAUUCCAAAAGGCGUGUUUUUGUGGCCUCCAUAAAUUGCCCCUAGUCUGUAGAAAGCGGAUGAGAAAGUGGGAUAACAUGGAAAGAGAUUGAAAGGGUGACUGAUGGCCGGUGUGGACCCGGUGGGCCAAAGGGCCUGUUUCAUGCUGUACCUCUAAACAUAAACAAGAACAUGCACUACUCUGCUAUAGGCUGCCCCUCUCCUUCCAUUACAAGGAGCCUUUAUUCAAAUAAUCAGUUACAAAGAACUGGAAAGAUGAAAACUGCCCAGCAGUUUGCAAACAUCUUUCAAUGAAUCAUCAUGUUACAAUGUUGUCGUCCUCAACAACAAUGCAUUCAUUCCUUCCCCACCCCACCCCACCCCACCCCACCCACAGCGGUCAGCAUUCAUGGAAGGCCUGCACAGACACUGCGUGUUCCCUCUCCAGGGACAUGUGGGCACGGACACAGACCAGGAAGAGGGGCAUCCUGCCCAUCCUCAACCAAAGACGCACCCGGGGGGGGGCCAAACACCACGAAUGAUAGACACAAAAUGCUGGAGUAACUCAGCGGGUCAGGCAGCAUCUCUGGAGAAUGGGAAUAGGUGAAUAUGUCAGAACCCUUCUUCAGGCUGAAAGUAGAGGUGGGGGGGAGGGAGAAAUAAACUGAAGGAGAGAAAAAGCCAAGAUCAAACCAGGGCCGGCAACAGAUGACCUCAGGAAGGGUGGAGCCCAUAAUGGCCCAUUAUUGGCUGGGGAAGAAUAUGGUAACAAGGAUGCGAACAGUGGAACUGGUAGGAUGACUAGUGGGGGGGGGAGGG